CAAGGCACAGUUUCUAGGUGGGGAGGAGACACCGAUCGUGCAUGCCACCGACCACAGUUUCAAAGCAACCUCCGUCAUGAUCGCGUCAGCUGGCCUUUAGUUAGCCUGCCUCUUCGCCAACGAACCGGCCGCGUGCGUGCCUACUAAAGCGCCCGUUCAAAUCCGCCACGGAUCUCGUGCUUCUUCUAUUUCAUCAUAUUGGUGUUAGAGAGUAUUAUCCUUGAGGUAAAAGGAUCAUUAGACCGAAAGGAAAUUAUCGAUCAAUGGGGAUACUUGGUACUCGCUCGAAUUGAUCGAUCGAAUCAAUCGAUCCAAAUGCGAUCGAUCGAAUAUCGUCGAUCAGUUCUACAAUAUCCAUCCGUUGUCCUUCGUAAUUUCUAAGAGCUAUGAUAGGAUCGACGGAACUCCGAGCGCGUCCGAUCAAGGACGAUCGGCGAGCACGUUCAAUGAACUGACGAGUAUCCUCGAUCCUUCUCGUUGUUGUUCUUUGAGGAGGUAGCAAAAAGAAAAGAAGAUAGAAGAACGUCGUCGUUGUGGGAAGAUAGGGAGAAAGAAAAAAAGAUGAGUGUAAAGAGGAGUGUGUUCGGUGCCCUGGACGGCGGGUCAAAGUGUGAUCACGGUGCAAUAAUAUCUAUGGUGGUUCUACUGUGCUACGUUGCUUUGUGUUUAGCUGAAAGUGCGCCAGGGAUAUGCGCCAUGGACGGCUGCAAUUGCACCGUCAAGGCACACCGUUGGAUUAACGUCAAAUGCGUGUUCACUAACGAUCAGGUCGUGGAACUUUUAGAAGGAACGAUUCCAUCGGAGGCGAUGGAAGUCGAGGUUUCUCAUUGCAGAGAAUUGAGAAUCCAAAGCGGUGCAUUCGCUGGCGGUGCACCGCUGAAAAGGGUCCACGUAUCCGGUAUCUACAGCGUUAUAGCGAAGAGGCAGGCCUUUGAAAAUUUGAGAGCACCGAACACACACCUCGAGGUCUCCGAGUGCAACAGCGUAAUAAUCGAGAGUCACGCCUUUAGGAAUUCGCGUGGUACUUUGAGUGUUUCGAUAUCUAGAUGUAAACACGUCGCGAUAAAGCCGAACGCCUUUUUCUGGUUAUUGUGGAUAACAGUGAAGGAGGUGCCGACAUUAGAGCUCUCUAGCAAUGCUUUUAAAUUCGAGUCUUCUCAAUAUGGCCGGCAUGGACAAGCGACCAAGAUUAUGUUCCAAAGCGUAAGAAUCACAGAAUUGCCCACUGCCGUUUUUCCAUCAUCGGUUGCAGAAGUACGAAUGGACGAUAUAUGGACGAAGGUCAUACGGAAGGAGGCCUUUUGCGCAAUGUCGAUUUUCAAUGUGAUCAUCAGUAACGCCUCAAUAUCGGAAAUAGAAUCUGGAGCGUUCAGUGAUAAGAUUCUUAUCGAGAGUCUCGAAUUCGUUGACGUUAGACUGAAAUAUAUCGAGAGCGGUGCUUUUCGGGCUGGACAUAAUAACGUUACGAUUCAGUAUUCCAGAUUAUCCAACGUGAGAUCCGGUGCCAUCGAGAUAUCAGCGGCAACUGUGACAUUCAGCAAUAACGAGUUCCAAAGUCUUCACAAUCGAUCGAUCGUUUUACAUCAAUGGAAUCACAUAGCGAUCGAGCACAAUCUCUUCGUCGAUCUCGAGUCGGAUGCGAUCAUCGCAGAAAUGGAUGCAAAGCCGACAAAAUCGGCGCCAAAAUUUGAAUUCUCAUUUACAGGAAAUCACAUUCAACAAGCACAGCCGAAUUCGUUAAAGUUCAUCGCGAUUUCACAGCAAGUGAAUACAGCACGUGUUGGGAAUAAUUAUUUCAAAGAAAAGUGCAAUUGCAAAUUAGAGGAUUGGGUGCGCGAAAUAACCGGAAAAAAUAGUUCGAUAUCGUGGAUGAUGGACUCGAGCUAUUGCAUGGUAGAUAAAUUUCUCGAAAAAUGUUUCAAUUUGCCCGAAGGUUAUUUGGAUAUGAGAAAUUUCACGAGAUUGAUUUGUGAGAAGGGGGAUGGUCACGUGUAUUGUGAAAAGCCAUUAUCUAAGCCCGAACCGAGCGUGAGUCCACCUAGCGUUGGGCCUCACGUGUAUCCAAGACACAAAGGUUAUUUUGACGUAGAAAUGAGCGAUCCGGAACAGCUCGAACGCGAGAAAAGGAUCAUCGUUGUGAUUUGCGUCGUCGCAGUUUUUACCGUUCUCGUUGUUAUCUUAACCUCAGGAAUAUUAUACAUGCGAAGACGCGGUGUCUGUCCAAAGUUAACAUCGGGUCCUUUGAUGAAUCUCACCAGUUGGUUUUCGCCCAACAGUGGCAUGACCGCUGCCACAUCGGCAAGAUCAAUAUCGAGACUUAGUGUUCACGAGUACGCUGGUCUCCAACCAGAGACAAGAAUACUAGAGGUGGAAACUCAACCGGACGUCGUCGAGGAGGAAGAGGACGAAACUGUUGGACUUUAUCAGUACACUGAGGAUAAGGCUACGCAAACAUUGCCGGAGGAACUAACGGAGGAGUACCUGAGGGAUCUCAGAGAUAGAUUAAAUGAUCCCGAUAACUAUAGUCAAGCUAGAGAUAUGAUCGAACACCUUUAUGAUCUGAUCAAGGUGGAGGAGAGUUGCAACAAUAACAACGACAGACAAACCGGUGGUGCUCCCGGAGAGGAGAACGCUUACGACGUGAUCCGUCCAAAAACAAAGAAACAUCGGGGAACGGCAAAGCCUUCGAUCAGUGUCGGUACAAGAGUACCAUCCCUCGAGAAACUCUUACCAGCUGGUUUAAAAACGAGACCACCCAUAACGGAGUACACGGAACCUCGUGACCAAAGGACAAGCGAUCAGAAUCAUCUCUACGCCGAGUUACCUGGUGACGAGACAGUUCCAAGUACAAGUCGUCUCUCUCAACCGGUUUUAACGAGUUUAGCAGGGAGAGCACCUCAACCUUUACCACCGGACGUCGUCAACGAUCAUCUCGUUAAUGGUUGCUCCGCGAAUAGAGAACAGAGAGAACUCGACGUUCCAGAAAGUCCAAAGUUGGAAUCCGUCAGAAAUCAAGGGAGGCCGAUGAGUUUCUUGAAAGCACUCGGCGAGAGUAUUCUCGGUGCAACGAAGAUCAAUAAUAAUAACAAGAGGCCGAAUUCCUUGUUGUGCGAGUACGCCGAACCGUCCGACGCAACCGCUCAUCUCUAUUCCGAAUUGCCGGAACCUCAAACCUCGACGCCGGCCGCGAAAAUGGCCAACAGACCACUGCCUACAAAGCCCGAUCAAGAAUCGAGUAAUACGGCUAAGGCGUAACCAACCUUAUCGCCGAUUAUCUGUGAUAUAAAUAUUAUGUGUAUGUAUCGUGUCUGAGAGCGAAGACUAUGUUCCCCGUAACAUAUUUCCCGUCUUCUCGUCUCCUACGCUCAAUUUUUGUCCAUUAAUACCGAACGUAAAUCGAUCGGUAUAAAAAGGGAGCGUUCACAAAGCGAGAAGUUAUAUUAGUUGCGCGUUGUAAAAAAAAAAAAAAAAAGAAAAAAAAAAAAAAAAAAAAAAAUAAAAUCAAAGAGAAAAAAAAGAAAAGAAAAGCGAGGAAAAAACAUAUCGAGAAAUAGUGUAAUUGGAUUUCAUAUAUGUUCUUUCCAUCGUAAAACUUGUUUCUAUCAUUCACGAUCGUCACGCUUGGUCGCGUAUGAUUGGAAUUUUUUUUUUUUUUUUUGUCGGUGUUUCAUCUUUCCGGUUUUAUUUUACUUUUUUUUUUGUUUCCAUUCCUUUUUUUUUUUUUUUUAAUUCUUCUCCCUUUUUUCUUUUUUUCUUUCUUUCUUUCUUUUUUUUUUUUCUUUUCUUUUUUCUUCAAUUUCUUUUUCCUUACGUCUCUAUCAUCGAACUAUAGACAUUUUAUAACGUGGCGCGAACGUUCGUUCGCGCGUAUGAGAAAAAGACGAAAGAUUGGCCGUAUCUAUUUAAAGCGAGUAUUUCCGAGAUACAAAUGUACCAUAGAUUUACGUGUAUAGUAAAAAUAUGCUGCGACAGGUAUUAAUAAAAGAAUAUUUUACAAGGACCAAACGUCACUGUUGAUUAUUAUUCCGAUCCAUUCCUAAAGAUAAAUUAUAUACACGAGCUAUCAUUUUCUUGGAACACGAAAGGAAACUUUUUUUUUCGUACGUUAUCGAUUGACUAGGUCGAAAGUCUUGUCAUCUAUUAUAUUAAGUAUUCUAUCCUUUAGCUAGCCCGUGUUCUUAUCGUACUUCUAUCUAUCCCAAGAACGUCGCAAACUCCUGCAUCUAUUUCUAUCGUGUAGCUAGUACUAUCGUCUAAGAACUAGUCCCCUCUUAUCUCGAAGAAUUUUACGAUCCUUAGACUCUCGAUCUUCUUUCUUUCGUAGUUAAGCCCUCGUUAGAAGUCUUUCUCCGUCGAGUGGAGUUCAGAGGUCGUUGCUGGAUUUUUUCGUCUCUCUCUCUUUUUUAUUCUCUCAUUUUCUUCCUCUCUCUCUCUCUCUCUCUCUUUUUUAUUCUCUCAUUUUCUUUCUUUCUUUUUCUCUCUCUAUCUCUUUCUCUUCCGUUCGCAGUGGUGCUCCGAAACACUUCGAGAUCCACUUGUAAGUAAAAAGCAAACAGGAGUUUCGUCGGAGUAGGAAAAGUCAGAGAGAAGAUAUUCUUAAUCUUUCUCGCUCUCUCUCUCUCUCUUCUUCUUCUUCUCUUCUUUCUGGGCGUAGUCGGUGUAUAUCCACGGCGAGACCAAACUAUUCAGCAUGGAAUGCGAGAGGAGCAAAUAGAGGAGGAAACCGACUAGCCGUGCCCUCAGCAUCGUGGCCCGAACCACAGCCUGUGUCGCAGCUGUUGACGUUCAAAUGGUUGCUAUCUUCUCUUCCCAAUUCAUUUUAAAAGACUCGAAACUUUGUUUCUCGUUAAAUGUACGAAAAAGAAAAAAAUUUAUAUAGAGAAAGCAUUUAAUAAUUGCUAAAAUAAAAUGGUGAAAUAAAAAUGAUUAAUUUCAUUGUUCGUAGAUCGAUCGAGAAAAGAUUUAAGAUAUCAAAUGAAAACGGUACGAUUCCGAGUUAAGCUCGCCCAAAAAUAUUUUACGGUCUUUAUCUCGCAUUGCAAUGCCGUCGACAAGCCGAAGAACGAUAGCUCGAGUUAUCCGAAGUAGUUGCUCCUAUCGUGCGCCGAUUCGUCGGAUUGUUUAUGGUGGUCCAUUACUCAGAUAAGAGUGUCAUUUCUCUCGAGACCGGCUGCUCGUCGUGAAAAGUCGCGGGAGAUGGGAGGGCUAACGAGUUCUCGACGAGAAGCAAUUUGUUGCUUCCUUUCCACCUUCGAUCUUCGUUUCUUACUAAGAGGAUUUUCGAAGGUAAACGCUCGGUUAUAAACGACUAUUUUAUAAGUCGUUUUAAAAACAAAAGGAAACGGACUUUUGUAAUGAAAUCAGUUGUAAGCCGACAAAUCGAUUUUCAAAUAACGAUAAAAAAAAAUUAACGGGAUUAAAAAUAGACCGUAUAAUUCUUAUUAAAAAAUAUAAUACAGAUUGUACACCUGCAAAUGGCAUUUCAUAAUAAUAAUUAUCGAGCGUAUAUACAUCGUAGAUAUUCUUAUCUCGAUUGUUUACCUCUUUUAAAUGAUCUUCGAUUAAAACGAUGAUCUAUCCUGAUUAUUAAAAAAGACAAUGUUUAUUUAAUGAAAAAAAAUCUUAGACAAUAAUAAUGGCAAAUAUAUUGUUAAUGAAAUAAAUUCAUUCGAAAAUUGUAUCAAUAUUAAUCC